UAGAGUCACCGGGCAGCGGCAGAACAAGGAGCCUGGGCACCUACGGCAGGCUGGCCGGCCCGCUCGGCCCGGCCGGCGUCUUGCAGAAGGGAGGCAUCCGGCGCCGGGCCGGACCCCGUGCCCCGCCGACCGCCGGCUCCGCGGCCAUGAACGCCAAGGUGGUCCUGGCGCUGCUGGUCCUGUCCCUCAUCACCAUCUUCGCCCUGGUCUGCGUCCUGCUGAGCGGCGGGGGCAGGACCGCGGCCCCGCGGCGCUGCCCCGCGGCCCCGGCCCCGCCCCGGCCCCUCCCGGCCGGCGGCUCGUUGUUCGCCGACCUGAGCCCCGAGGAGUUGAACCAGGUGCUGGCCUUCCUGGCCCGGCGGCUGGGGCCGGGGCUGGUGGACGCGUCGGAGGCCGGCCCCGCGGACACCUGCGUGUACUCGGUGGACCUGCAGCUGCCGCCCAAGGCCGCGGCCCUGCGCCACCUGGACGGCGGGGGGCCGCCGCCGCCCCGCGAGGCCCGGGCCGUGGUCUUCUUCGGCCGCCAGCCCCGGGCCAACGUGAGCGAGUUCUUGGUGGGGCCCCUGCCCGGGCCCUCCUACCUGCGGGACGUGACCGCCGCCCGCUACGGGGGGCCCCUUCCGUACCACCGGCGGCCCGUGCUGGGGGCCGAGUUCUCCCAGAUGUGGCGUCACCUGCGCGAGGUUGAGCUGCCCCGGGCCCCCACCCUGCUGGCGGCCAUCUUCGGCUCCGGCCACCCCUCCUUCUCCGCCCAGGGCUCGGCCCCGCGGGGGCUCCGCUCGGGUGACCGGGCCACCUGGUUCGGCCUCUUCCACAACGUGUCCGGCGCCGGCUACUUCCUGCACCCGGUGGGGCUGGAGCUGCUGCUGGACCACGCCGACCCGGACCCCGCCCGCUGGGCCGUGCGCCGCGUCUACUUCGGCGGCCGCUACUACCCGGACCUGGGGCAGCUGGAGCGCGCCUUCGUGGCCGGGCGGGUGGAGGCCGGGCGGGUGGCGGCUCCACCCCCGGGCGGCGGGGCGGCCUCCCUGAGGUCCCGGGGCCCGCCCGGCCCCACGCCCCCUCUGCAGGGUCCGCCCGGCGGGCCCCGCUACCGCGUCCGGGGGAGCCAGGUGGCCACGCGGUCCUGGACCUUCUCCUACGGGCUCGGCGUGAGCACGGGCUUGCGGCUGCUGGACGUCCGGUUCCGCGGGGAGCGGGUGGCCUACGAGCUGAGCGUCCAGGAGGCCCUGUCGGUCUACGGGGCCGGCUCGCCGCGGGCCAUGACCACCCGCUACCUGGAUGGCAGCUACGGGCUGGGCCGCCUGAGCGAGGGGCUGGUGCGGGGGGUGGAUUGCCCCUACACCGCCACGUUCCUGGACGUCCACGUGCUGCUGGGCGAGGGCCGGGCGCGCCGCCUGCCCGGGGCCCUGUGCCUGUUCGAGGAGGCCCCCGGCCGGCCCUUGCGGCGUCACUUGUCGCGGCUGCACAGCGACUACUACGGGGGCUUGGGGGCCACGGCCCUGGUGGUCCGGGCCAUCUCGGCCGUGGGCAACUACGACUACGUAUGGGACUGGGUGCUGCACCCGCACGGGGUGAUGGAGGGCCGCGUCCACGCCACGGGUUACAUCAGCACGGUCUUCCUGGGGGAGCCGACCGGGGGCCUGCGCUUCGGGAACCGUGUCGGGGAGAACGUCCUGGGCCCCGUCCACACCCACAGCUUCCACUUCAAGCUGGACUUGGACGUAGCCGGGACAGAGAACUGGGUGGUGGCGGAGGACAUGGCGUUUGAGCAGAUCGUCGUGCCCUGGAGCCCCGAGUACCAGCUGCACCGUCCGUGGCUGACGCGGGAGACCCUGGAGACGGAGGAGCAGGCUUCCUUCCCGCUGGGGACCCGGCCCCCCAGCUACCUCUACCUGGCCAGCAACCGCACCAACGCCUGGGGCCACCGCCGCGGUUACCGCAUCCAGACCCUCUCCCCGUCCUGGGACCACCUGCCCCAGGCCAGCUCCAUGGAGCGGGCGCUCAGCUGGGCCAGGUACCAGCUGGCCGUGACCAGGAGGAAGGAGGAGGAGCCGGCCAGCAGCAGCAUCUACAACCAGAACGAUCCCUGGACGCCGUCCGUGGCUUUCGCCGACUUCAUCGACAACGAGACCAUCAUGGGGGAGGACCUGGUCGCCUGGGUCACCGCCGGCUUUCUCCACAUCCCUCACGCGGAGGACGUGCCCAACACGGUCACCGUGGGAAACGGCGUGGGCUUCUUUCUCCGCCCUUACAACUACUUCGACGAAGACCCCUCCGCUUCCUCCCCUGACGCUGUCUACUUCCGAGGGGACCAGGAUGCCAGCUCUUGCAGUGUCAACCCGGUGGCCUGCCUGGCGGAGACGGCCGCCUGCGUGCCGGACCUGCCUCCGUUCUCCUACCAUGGCUUCCGGGACCCUUGAGGGACUGGGGCCUGUGUCGGGGGAGGGUCCCGGCGGCUUUUUAAUGCUCGCCCCCACAGUGGACCCCCCCAUCUCCCCCAUUCCCCUGCCCUCCCAGAAAGCCCCCAGCCCUGACCCCAACUCUUUCACCAGGCUCUGCCUAGCACAGAGCUGGCCCUCUGAGGGGACGGAGGUUGGGGGAAGUGAAAGAUGUGGAAACAGAGACCCAGGAAAUGACUUAUUGCCCCUCCAUUCAUUCAUUCAUUCAUUCAAUCGUAUUUAU